UUGAGCUUCGCACACAUCGACUGCGCCUUGAAACACAUUUCCGUCUGCGCCACUGCAUCCAGAAAAAAAGGGGGCAGCUUUUGACGAACGUCUUCGGCUUCUUCGUUGGGUGUGGAAGGACGACACACAUGGCAGCAGAGCGACGGGUCCGUGUCCAGGUCGCGGCUAUGGAGGGYGGCGGAGAGGGUGGACGUGCGGUGUUGACGCCUCUUGAGCUGCAGGCCGUGGUGGCAGCCGUGUCUACCGUUGUUCUUCGAUGUCAGCUGGAGAGGGCGCUGGGACGACUGAAGGAGCAGUUGCGCGCGCGUAGACGAAGGACAUUGACGCAAUCUCCAGACGAUGGCCCCGAAUACGUGGCGAUCUCAGAGGCUGUUGUUCAGAUGUGCUACGCGUUGGGUUGCGGAGUGAUUCCUCGAGCGACGCCGAGGUGGGUUGUGUUGGGGGAAACGUACGAGAACAGCACGUGCAACUUCGGGAUUGGCAGAGCUUCUGGCCUGGUUGUCGUCCGUGAUGUUACUGCCGCGCUGCUCCAGGUGUACAGAGAGAAGAUUGCCUGGACGGCUGGAGCUCGUAAACUCAUCGUUUUGUGGGCGUUCGCUGAUAAAAGGUUCCCCAAUUGCCACGGUUGCAUUGAAUAUACUCACAUCUACGUGGACAAGCCGGCGCACGCACCGAACGAAAACUACUAUGACAGGAAGCAUCGUUUCUCCAUCGUCGCGCAAGUUGUCGUCGACCUGGACUUGCGUGUGCUCGAUGUGCACAUGGGAUACCCGGGUAGCUGCCACGACAUCAGGGUGCUCCGGUUGUCCAACCUGUGGCAGUGCGCGGAGUCGGGGUCGUUGUUCCCUGGUCCCCAUGUGACACUACCGGUCGGUGUGCGGACGAACGGCUACAUCUUGGUGGACAAUGGCUACCCCCCUUCGGAAUGGAUGGUCAUCCCGUAUGGAGGCGUCAAUCAGCACGUCGACAAGGAGCGCUUUGACAACAAGCAGAAGGUGGCGAGGGGAGCAGUGGAGAAGGCGUUCGGCAGGCUGAAGGGCAUGUGGCGGUUGUUUUUGUGGACGCCCAAAACAAACUUGGACACGCUCCCGCAGUUGUUCACCGCCGUUUGUAUAUUGCACAACAUACUGAUUGACGCUCGAAUUUCGUUCAAUGAGAAUCUGCUGUGGGAGGUCGAUGCUAAUGAUGUGCGACGACGUGUGGACCUGGGGAUCAAAGAGCCCCUUCAGCCUUUGUCGAUGAUUACUUCGACAAACGAAGCGUUGGUCAUGCGGGAUGCUUUAGCGGAACGAACGAAACACGAUGUAGUCAUUGCAACAUUGGUGGGAGGGCAAAUUCGUUGUUUCGUCCCGCCUUGGGGUUGGUAGUUUGCGUUCGAGGUUGUAGUUCGCCAGCGUCGCAG